CGAAAAAGUCGAAGGCAAGUUGUCACAAAUCACUCUGGGUCGUGGACUGCUGCCUGCUGGCCAAGUUGAAAGGCAGGGCUUCCUGGUGUCGAUGAUAUCCGAGCAUCAGAAAUGCUUAACAUAUGUUGCUGAGCUGACAGUGCAGCUGGACCGCGAACACCCUUGCUUCGUAAUCCGUCCGUCAUGGUGUGGGAACUUGCUUGAUAAUGAAGCGCACGCGCCUGGCCUCACACAAUAUCGCGGACACACAAGAUUUGCACAAGCAGACAUAAAAUUUGUCGCAGCAGCAGGCGUAUUUUUUCUGUCGUCACGCCAUCCACCUCAUAAGUUAUGGCCGCAGUCUCUGCUUAGCGAAUUAUCUCUAGAUGUACUGUUGUUAUGUACAGGCUGCAAAUCCAUUGCCCGUUGCCGGCGGGAUGCCGGCCGAGCUCUAGCAAGCAGCUACAGAAGGGCCUGACCUUAUCGAAAUAUGAUUGACUGUAAACACUUCCAUUCAAGAUACACAAGCUCAGUUCGUUAUGAGGAGUUCACGACUGACUGCUGGCAUAAUGAGCAUUAUGAGCAGGGCACCUGGCAGAGCACAGCGCCAGUUGCUCAAAAUCACGCUUGUGGUAGCCUUGACUGCAUAUGCGUUUGGGCAGGAUGCUGGCACGACCGCCAGGGUCUCGACUGGUCGGCAAGCUGUCGCGGCCAUGGCUGACCCGUCCGUUUCGUUAAUUCUGCUAGAAGUGGACUGGAUAUCGAUCUACGAGGCAGAUUGCCCGCCCAAUGCACCCGUGCUCAUAACCCGGAACUUGACGCUACGGGGCAACGCGGCACGCGCCACUACGCUGGACAUGAACUUCCUCCGGCACAAGUUCCGCAUGCAGAACGGCACCAUGAUUCGCUUGCAAAACACGAUUCUCCAUCGCUCACGAGCGGGGCCCGCAAGUUUGGCGGUUGGAAUGGAUUUUUUCGCGCCAACCCUCCCCGGCGAAGAGGCUAUUCAGUGGAUUGAGGACACCUACGGCAUUUACCCAGUGUGCUACGACGUCGAAACUCUUCGGGCAUUCACGAUGGUGACGGCGCACAACCCGCUGCCGCCACGGCUGCCACCAGGCAACGCGUGGCAAAUCCCAGUACCAGUGCCCUCACCGCCGGGCAUCUGCAAGAACGUGUCGGAUGAGUUGACGCCGGAUUCCGACCCCUCUGUACACCCUCUGGACCGCUGCUACGUGUUUGCGGUGCGCUGCCUAAUCAGCUCCGUGUACGGCGCAGACCUGUCGCCGGUGUCAGGCAAUGCCGUGGCCAACGGCUACCUGGUGCACGUGGAGCGCGUGAUCAACUUGUGUCCCCAGGUGCUGCCGAGCGACUGCAUCACGGCGAGAGGGCCGCUAGGCUGCGCUGUGCUGUGGCACAGCCAGCACCGACUCACGUGGCUGGACGGACUAGUUGGUGCUGGCUCACCCCCUCCCCCUCUCCCGCCACCGACACCGGGGGGCAACAACACUUUGGGCGGCGGUCAGGGGCAGGGGCCGGGACAGGGGCAGGCAGGGCCCCCGGCGAGCAGCAGCAACCCAAAGGACAGCAGCGGCGGCGGCAGCUCUGCGGGCGUACCGGUUGCAGCCGUCGCAGGCGGCAUUGCUGGAGCGGUCGUUGCGCUGGCAGCUGUGGCCGGCGCCGUGCUGGUGGUGGUGCGCCGUCGGCGCCUGAGGCCGGCGGCCCACAAUAAUGCAGUGGAGGCUGGGUCGGAUGCGAAGGGGCCGGCAGUACACACGGUGUCUACUGGGGAUGUGGAGGCGCCGACCUCUGCUGCUAAGUCGGGAGCUUCUCCCUACACGAGCAGCAGCGGUGGUGCAACGCCUGUCCUGGCGCCCGGCUGCCCUGCCGCAACCGACUGCCAGGCCGGUAGCGCCGGCGUUGCAUCAACUACAUCAACCACCACCAGCAGCUCUGGUCGUUCCCAGGCAGUGUCGUACAGCGGCAGCAGUGGUCCAGGUAGCGGUCUCAGGUCCGCGGCCGAGCGUGUGCCGUCGCCCUUGCCUGGGGCCACGCCCACCGCAGCCGCAGCAGCCGCAGCAGCAGCCGGUAAGGCUACUGCAAAGCCGGCCCUGGCGUCGCCGUCGUCUGCGGCUGCUGUGGCCCAGGAGACCAGCAACAGCUCCAGCCUCAACAGCGCAAGCCUAGCGGCGUCUGUGGCUGCUGCUGCUGCUGCUGCUGCUGCUGCGGUUGCGGGGCCGCCGGUGAGUCGCCUCACGCCGCAGCGCAAGGACCUUCACACAGACGCUCGCCUGGAGAUGUCGGCGCUGGGGCAGCCGACCAGCGCGCGCGGCUCCAGCACAGCAGCAACCCCAGGGCAGGAGCCGCCGACAGCAGCGGCAGCAGCGCUAGCGGACCCAGCUGCUGCGACCGAGACCGCUGCUGCGGGUAUUGCAGUUGCUGCGGCCGCAGCAGUGGUUGCGGACGCAAGCCUGGAUGCUGGAGACGGCAGUAACCAGGAGCCAAGUGACAAUGUUGUCCGGCUGCUGCCGCUGGUGCUGGGCCGGGGCGCGUUUGGCAAGGUGUACGCGGGCGUGUACCGCGGCCGCCACGUGGCAGUGAAGUUGUUGAUGGGGUUGGGGCCGCACCAGCUGGCGCCGCCGGUACUCGCAGCAGGGCUGCCGGCGGCACCCCGCAAAGCCACGGCGGGGCCACAGCAGGACACGGUGGCGCCUGCUGUUGGCACUCCUACCGCCGUCCGUGCGUCAGCAGUCGCGCUGCUUCAACAUACAGCAGAUGGCACGGGCGCAGACGCCGCCAACCCGGCGCACACACAACAGCAGCAGCAGCAGCUACAGCAGCAGCCGGUGGCCAACAGCAACGCCGUUACCCAGACGACGACCGCGACUCCUGAUGCUGCAGCUGCAGCCUGGCUGUCUCCUGUCAAGGCGGGUGGUAGCAGCAGCCCGGCCAAAGCAGUGCCGCAGUUUGGUACUCAGGUCCAGCAGGUGCUUCCAGAUGGGUGGGAUGAGAAGCAGCAGCAGCCAACGGAUCCAACCGGCCUGCUCGCGGUGACGGCAGCGCAGGAUGAGAUUGCAAGGGAGCAGGACAUGGAACAACAGCAUGGGCAAGAGGGCUACCAGCAGGGGCAGCAGCCAGUGGCUGCUGUGGUGUCAGAGCACCACAACCACAUGGCUCUGUUUGGAAAGCCAGCAGCUGCUGCUUCGCAAGCCCCUGGCGCUCUGUUGUCGAAGGCUGCAGCAUCGGCUCCAGAUGCAGCUGCAGCGGUGGCAGCUUCCACCGCUGCAGCUGCCACCGCUGCUGCUGCAGCUGCAUCUGCUGCUGCGCCUGCCGCCGUGUGGUAUGACCCGGAGGAGUUGGAGCUGUUCAAGCGAGAGGUGCAGGUGCUGGGCCGCCUGUCUCACCCCAACAUCGUGCGACUGAUUGCGGUGUGCAUGGCUCCGCCGCGGCUGAGCCUGGUGAUGGAGGCGGCGGAGACGUCGCUGGACAAGGUAGUUUACGGCGGCGGUGGUGGUGCGCCCGGCGGGGGCGGCGGCGAGCUGCUGCCGCUGCCCAAGGUGCUGCACAUUGCGGUGCAGAUCGCUCAGGGCCUGGCGUACCUGCACCCCACGGUGUGCCACGGCGACCUGAAACCCGCCAACGUGCUGCUCAACGGCGCGAGCGGCGACACGCCCGAGGUCAAGCUCACGGACUUUGGCCAGGCGCACAUCCGCAUGUCCACCACCUUUGGCAGCAGCAGGGCCACGCUGGGUGCGCUGGACGCGCCGGCGGGCGGCACCGCGGCGUUCUGCGCGCCCGAGUGCUUCGACCAGGCCGGAGGGCGGGCCGUGGCCGUCACAUACAAGGCGGACAUCUACUCUUUCGCGGUGGUGCUGUGGUGCAUGCUGACUGGCCAGGAGCCGUGGCAGGGCCUGGGAGCGGUUUCCAUCGCAGUGCAGGUCGCGCUGAGGGGUCUCAGCCUGCUGUCGGUGCCUCAGGCGUUGGCAGAGGAGCGCUGCCCGCCUAAGCUCAAACGCCUGCUGGCCGAUUGCUUCGAGCCGGACCCGCGGAGGAGGCCGGCGGCUGCCGAGAUUGUGAAGCAGCUGCUGCUGGUGGAGGAGCAGUGGGUGCGCGGCAGGGCCCAGCAGCAGCAAGAGCAACAGCAGCUGGAGCAAGAGCAACAGCAGCAGGCGGCGCAACCAAGGCAGCAGCCUCAGCAGCAGCUGCCCGCAAACGGCAGCGGCAGCAGUGGAUCCGGCGUAGGCGCUGGUGUGCCGCCACCCAGACCACCCGCAAGUUCGGCCCUUUCACAGCCGGCGGCAGUAGCGGCAGCAGCCGCUGCCGCGUCAUCAGUCACGCUUGUGGAGGGCGCCAUCGCCACCUCCUCGACUCGCUCCUUCCGCCCGCGCACCAGCGAUCCUGGCGUUCUGCCGCCGCCGCCCCCACCCGCACCGCUGCUGCACGCGCGCCAGGGCACCGCAGCGGUGGGUGCGGCAGCGGCCGAAGCGGCGGCCUGGGAGCUUCCUGGCAUGGGCAGCUUGCCUCGCCCUGUAUGGGAGAGCCGCGGCUCUGCUGGGACAGCAAGCACCAGCGGCCUGCUGCUGCCGCCGCUGCGGCCGCUGCGUGCGGCGCGCGCCACCUCAACCACGGCUGACACCUCGAGUGACGUCGUGUCACUGCUGCCGCUGCUGGACAGCAUCCAUAUGGACAUGGGCGGCAGCGGCAGGCGCUCAGCAGUUGCAGCAGCUCGGCCCCUAGCGCUGCUGACGCUGACCCAGCAGGCCGCCGCGCCCACACAGCAGCAGCAGGCUGCUAUUUCAGUGGUGCCGCCGGCUGCCGUCGGUGGUGCUGCGGUUCGAGUGAGUGCCUUGGCUGCAAGCAGCCGCCGCGCGAUGGCGGCUGCGGCGGCCGCGGCCAGGGCAGGGGCAGCAGUGGCAGGUGCCCAGCAGCAGCCUGCGCCGCCGCCGCAUCCGCAUGACCCCCUGCUUGGCCUGCGGCGGAUGACCGCGGAAGCUGCUGGUGAGCAGCAGGCAGUGCCGCAUGUUGGCUUGGAGCUGUGCAGGAUCGAUGCCCGCGGCUGUGGCAGUGCUGAGGAUGCGGCCGAUGUAUGAUGCAUGGCGGCGGCCGUGAGAUAGAUGCACUGCUGGAUCGGACCGCCACGAGCCGGGCAGCUGUAGCACACGCUGCCGCGCGCCUGGUUCACUCCGCGGCUGCGUCGUCUGCUGCUAGCUCCAUUUGCCUGCUGCCGAGCUGGCACGCGCAUGUAUGCAUUCGGACUCAGACAAUCAUGACUGUGCAUGCGCGAGCCGGAAGGACUGGUUGAGUUACAGGAGGCUUGGUGUUGUCGGGUUAGUAAUGUGUGUAAUGGGCAGUCGGGCGUGCUGUUGCUUGCAUCCGUGAUGCCCUGGCCUCUAGCAGACGUAAGACGACAGCCUCCUCUCAAAGGAGCACAUUAGAUUUCUUCUCCUAAAAUAGGUUUUGAAGGAGGUGGCGGCCAUAGACCUAGGAAGGCCGGUGUUUUUUCGCGGGGGGUUGUGGGGGUUGGUGCAUGAGGGGAUUGUGUUCAGAAUGGUAGUCGUGGGAGGCCAACGCGGGCGCUUCAGCUGGCUCUUUAGUUAUUUCGUGCGCUUGACGUAGCAGUCAUUAGCGCACUCGCGUUUGAUUGCGCGCGACUGCAGUCGCAGUAGUUGCAGAUGCUGACACAAAGUUGCCAGCCACAAAAGAUCACGUGUACUUUCCCUUGCCACAGUGGCAUGCAAGUAGUGAUGCAACGCUGCACGCUGAAGCACGAUGCGAAUGAGGCGGGGGGGGCAUGGUUGAUGAGGCGCGGGCAUGAUACUGGUCAAGCAAUACAUGAUUUCCAACUUGCGUGGGCCACAAAAAAGAACGUCAAUGGGAGGGGGGGCUGUGCGCGUCCGGUGUCCGGCGGUAUACGGUGCGUGGACAUUCGGGACAGUUGUCGCAGAUGGGUGGGAGGCGACAGUUCGUGCCAGAUAUGUGGGGGAGGUAUGGUAAUUGAUGGGGGAAAUAAGAGUUGGGAAAUUACCCCACAGUUGGGAAACUGGGAAACUGCAGGCGGGUGCGUUCCAGAGGUGUAUGUGUCAUGAGGUUUGGCGUCUGUAGUAUCGUUUUAGUCAUACGGUGGUGUUGGUGGUGGUGUUUCUCUGGCUCUGGCGUCAUUUCGCCUGCAGGGUGCAGGGCGAAGGUUGGGUGGCUAUUGCUGCAGGCGCUGGGCAGCUAAAAGGAUGGGUGUUGAGCUGAGGAGGAGUUGAGUUGUGGUUCAGUUUACCGUUGUGUUGUACACGUGUGUUUAUUGAAAAGCUUGGGGCCCAGCUUUUGAAGAUGGGCGGUUGGGUUGCCCUCUUUGCUUGGUGGCGAGUGUGUGGUGUCGGGAGGAGGGCCGCCCAUGCGGCGGGCGGUGGAUUAGCUAGCCCCAGCAACACCGGCCCUGGCCCGGUGUUGUGGUGUUGCUCUCUUUCACACGACCUAUCGUGCGUAGCUUUGCGAAAGCAUUGGAGUGAUCAAUCAACCGACUGCUGCCGACUGCCGCCCUCUGGCCCUAGCGAGGAGCUGUCGCCAAAGCGCCUUAAACUUCAGCCCCCGGUGGCAGCAGCCCUUGAGGCUUGAGCAGAACAUGGCUGUGGCGUGAGGGCGUGACAGGUUGUUGAACAGGUAGCUAGGCAGGUAGGGUGGGUGGGUACGUACGUAGGUGUGUUUCCCGCCGUUGAUAUAGGUCCUCCCUCCUAUCAUGACUUCAGUUUGUUCCAUUAACGUAAUGCUUGCGGGGCACGCCCCAUUGAUUGCCAGGCGGGCCGCUAACGUUUGUGUGCGUGUGCGUGUGGCGUGGGGGGGGGGCGAGGGCCCAGUCCCCACAAUAUAUAACCGACCAAAAAUCCUA